AUGGCAGAUCGCUCCCUGGCAGUGCUUGACAAGGAGCUGGCAGAGCGUGUCGCCCUGGUCUCCGGCUUUGAUGUGCGCUUGGUUCGAAUCAGCUCAAAGAUAGACCACUACCACGUUCUUCAGGGUCUCCAGGACUCUCAAGGCGAGACCUCGGAGUUCUACUGCUACCAGUGCUGGGGCGAGACGGGCACGCCCGGCAACAAGAAGCUCGAUGGCCCCUUCUCUGAAAGGGAGAUGCGGGAAGCUUUUGCCGGCGUCUUCGAGAAACGAACCGGAAGUGCAUGGGGAAGUUUGAAACCAGGAGAAAGGGUCGCUGAUGGAAAUUUCUGGUGGCAGCAGGUGAGUGCUGCGGAUGAGCAAGCCCUCUGGCAGUACUACGUGCACGACGGCGUGGAUGGCAAGAGACGUGGCUGGUAUCCGUACGAGGACGAUGCUUCUGCUUUGGUGGAAGAGAUGUUUGCGCAGCACGUGAGCAACGACCAGGAGAAGCGUACAGCCGUCAGGACGGUGUCUUCAGGAUAUUUCUCCUACAGAAUCGACUUGGAGGCCAUGACGCAGGAGAAUGCAAGGACCGGCAAAGUCCGUGCCAUCCGGCGGUUCACGAAGACCGCGACGGAGUCCACGAAGAAGCGUGCUGCCAAGCGGCCGCCAGCCGAUCGUAAGAAAGUGGCGAAGACGAUUCUUAAGACGAGGAGCCCGAAGUGCCUAAAGCCCAAGGCAAGGGAGCCCAGCAAGCCCAAGGCUGGCAAGCUUGCCAGGUCUGCCACGCCUGCCAAGCCUGCCAAACCUACGCCUGCAAAGGUCCCCAAGGCCCCAAAGGCCUCCAAGGGUCUCAAGGCCCUCAAAGCCAAGGCCAAGGUGGCAACAGGCAAAGAUGCCAAGGCCCAAGUCUUCCAGGGCAAGUUCACCCGGACUUCUACCGGCCUCAAGAAGAAAGACCUCAAGAAGAACAAGUAUGGAAAGGUGGUGAGCAAGAGACUUUCCGAAGCAGGCCGGAAGAACUUCGCGCGGGUUGCUUGCUGGAUUGCCGCCUGCCAGAAAGCACGGGAUGAGCUUGGCAUCACCGGCUUCGUUGCAAUCCGAAAGGACACGGAACUCUACAAGAAGGCGAAGGAGCUCUGUCCGCACGUGGAGCCACACGUCCUUGGGACGGCAAUGCGGUAG